UCCCUCAUAAAGUUACCACUUUAAGUCAUUUUACGCCGUUGAAUCUUCGUAGAAUUUAUAAUAUCAAGAGAUUAAGGAAGUGCACGCAUCUUCUUGGAUCCUUCCUACUUCUAAAGUCAUGUCUUUCCAGGACCGUGGGGGUCCCAGGGGCUCGGCCCCCCCAGGCCAGCACGGCUCUCCUCAAAACUACAGACCCACCAACCUGAGGCCGCCCCCUCCGCAGCCUCCCGCGCCUUCGUAUCGUUACGACCCACCGGCGGCAUCCGGUUACCAUGGAAACAGCGGCUACAUGCCCCCACACCCGGACUUCAUGCAGUAUCCUCCUCCGGCGCCCCCCCAGGCCCCCGGUCCUCUCAGCCAGUGCCCUGUGCGCCCCCCUUUUCCCAAGCCUCCUGGCCGACAGGGAUUCCCGGACCCCCCGCCCAACUUCCCUCCGCCCCCCCUGCCCGGCUCGGCUGGCGGUCCCACGCCGGGGGCCCAGGUCUCCGCCCAGAACUCCUACCACCCGUAUAUGAUGCCACCCGGGCCCCCACCCCCGAUGCCACAUCCACCCAUGCCCCCCCCUCUUUCCUCCCAGUCUAUGAGCUACCACCCUCCUUACCCCAUGAGCUACCCCCCCCACCCUCCGUUCCCUCCGCCCACCUUCAACCCGGGCUACGGCCAGAGCCCCGGCCCGUUCCAGCCGGAUCACGGCGUCCGGCACGGCGGCCCCUACAAGUACGAGAAGCCCGUGGACAGCAGGAGGUCUCCGGACCGGGGCUACGGCCACGACGACCACCGGCAGAAGGGCUACGGCUACGGUCCCCACGGCGACAGGCACAAGAUGGAGUUUCCCGGGGAGAGGAAGGAUCGCGGGAGAAGCCCGGAGCGGCGCAACCGGCCUGACGGCGGACGGUACCGGUCCGAGUACGACAGAGGACGGACUCCCGUCCGACACCGGAGCAGAGAUCGCAGCAGAGAGCGCUAUCGACACCGAGAGAGUCGCAAAUCCCAGUCACCUGACCGGCACAGGAAGAGGCCGCGCAGCCGCUCGACCAGCAGAGACAGGAAACGUGGUCGCUGGGAGGAGGACAAGGACCGGAGGUCCGAGAGCUCCUCGGGGAUGAGCCGGGAGCGCAGCUACUCCUCCUUCAGGAGCCGGGACUCCGAAGAGCCGUUCAGCGACCGCGAGCGAGACAGAGAACGAGAACGGGACCGAGAGAGGGAGAAGGGGGAGGAAGAGAGAGAGGAGGAACUGCUGAAACCUGCGUGGAUCCGCUGCACCCACGCCGAGAACUUCUACUCCAAUGACCCCAUGGACCAAGUGGGCGACUCUACCGUCGUGGGGACGAGCAAACUGCGAGCCCUGUACGAGCGCUUCGAAGAGGAGCUGGGCCAGAGACAGGAGCGAGCCAAGGAGGCUCGGCCCAAGUGGGAUCCGCCCAAGACAAAGCUGGACGAGGAUCCAGACGACAGCAGCAGCGAGUCGGACUGCGAGUCGGACGGGGAAGGAAGCAGCUGCUCCAGCAGCUCCGACUCGGACGUGUUUGACGUCAUCGCUGAGAUCAAGAGGAAAAAGGCUCAUCCCGACCGGCUGCACGAGGAGCUGUGGUACAACGACGCAGGACAGAUGAAUGAUGGCCCCUUGUGUAAGUGCAGUGCCAAGGCCAGACGGACGGGGAUCCGCCACAGCAUCUACCCAGGAGAGGAGCCGGUGAAGGAGUGCCGCGUAAUGAACAACAACUCUGGGAAACUGUUCCACUACAGGAUCACCGUGUCUCCGCCCACCAACUUCCUGACCGACCGGCCGACGGUGAUCGAGUACGAUGACCACGAGUACCUGUUUGAAGGUUUCUCCCUCUUCAGCCACAAGCCUCUCACCAACAUUCCAUUGUGCCGCGUGAUCCGCUUCAACAUAGAUUACACCAUUCACUUCAUCGAGGAGAUGGCACCGGAGAACUACUGCGUCCGCGGCCUGGAGCUGUUUGGCUCCUACUUGUUCCAGGAUAUUCUGGAGCUGUAUGACUGGAACCUGACAGGUCCGGACCCGGAAGACGAGGCCAGUGGCUGCCAGCGGUUCCAUUUCAUGCCCCGUUUUGUCCGAUUCUUACCUGACGGCGGGAAGGAGGUGCUGUCAAUGCAUCAGGUGCUGCUGUAUCUGCUGCGCAGCAGCAAGCCCCUGGUUCCCGCCGAGGAGAUCGCAGACAUGCUGCAGUGGGAGCAGCUGGAUUGGCAGAAGUACGCCGAGGAGUGCAAGGGGAUGAUCGUCACCAACCCGGGCAUGAAACCCAGCUCGGUGCGCAUCGACCAACUGGACCGGGAGCAGUUCAACCCGGACGUCAUCACCUUCCCCAUCAUCGUUCACUUCGGGAUCCGGCCGGCGCAGCUCAGCUACGCCGGAGACCCUCAGUACCAGAAGCUGUGGAAGAGCUACGUGAAACUGCGCCACCUGCUGGCCAACAGCCCCAAGGUCAAGCACAUCGACAAGCAGAAGCUGACGCAGAGAGAGGAAGCUCUUCAGAAGAUCCGUCAGAAGAACACGAUGCGCCGCGAGGUGACGGUGGAGCUCAGCAGCCAGGGCUUCUGGAAGACCGGCAUCCGCUCCGACGUGUGUCAGCACGCCAUGAUGCUGCCCGUCCUCACCCAUCACAUCCGCUACCACCAGUGUCUGAUGCACCUGGACAAGCUGAUCGGCUACGUCUUCAAGGAGCGCUGCCUCCUUCAGCUGGCCAUGACCCACCCCAGCCACCACCUCAACUUCGGCAUGAACCCGGAUCACGCCCGCAACUCCCUGUCCAACUGCGGCAUCCGCCAGCCCAAGUACGGCGACAGGAAGGCCCACCACAUGUACAUGAGGAAGAAGGGAAUUAACACUUUGAUUAACAUCAUGUCUCGUCUGGGGCAGGACGACCCCUCCCCCUCCAGGAUCAAUCACAACGAGAGGCUGGAGUUCCUGGGAGACGCCGUCGUGGAGUUUCUCACCAGCGUCCACCUGUACUACCUGUUCCCCAUUCUGGAGGAAGGAGGUCUGGCCACCUACAGGACAGCCAUCGUCCAGAAUCAGCACCUGGCCAUGCUGGCAAAGAAACUGGAGCUGGAUCGCUUCAUGCUCUACGCUCACGGGCCGGACCUGUGCCGGGAGUCGGACCUGCGACACGCCAUGGCCAACUGCUUCGAGGCCCUCAUCGGGGCUGUGUAUCUGGAGGGAGGCUUGGAGGAGGCCCGCCUGCUCUUUGGUCGCCUGCUUUUCAACGGAGAAGACCUGCGGGAGGUCUGGCUCAAGUACCCACCGCACCCCCUGCAGGUGCAGGAGCCUCAGACCGACCGGCAGCUGAUCGAGACGUCUCCCGUCCUGCAGAAACUCACCAGCUUUGAAGAAUCCAUCGGAGUCCUGUUCACGCACGUGCGGCUGCUGGCCCGGGCCUUCACCCUGAGGACCGUGGGCUUCAACCACCUCACCCUGGGCCACAACCAGAGGAUGGAGUUCCUGGGAGACUCCAUCAUGCAGCUGGUGGCCACCGAAUAUCUCUUCAUCCACUUCCCCGACCACCACGAAGGACACUUAACACUCCUGCGCAGCUCGCUGGUGAACAACCGCACGCAGGCCAAGGUGGCCGAGGAGCUGGGGAUGCAGGAGUUCGCCAUCACCAACGACAAGACCAAGCGGCCCGUCGCCCUGCGGACCAAGACCCUGGCCGACCUGCUGGAGUCUUUCAUCGCCGCCCUGUACAUUGAUAAAGACCUGGAGUACGUGCACACCUUCAUGAACGUCUGCUUCUUCCCUCGGCUGAAGGAGUUCAUCCUGAACCAGGACUGGAACGACCCCAAGUCGCAGCUGCAGCAGUGCUGUUUGACCCUGAGAACCGAGGGCAAGGAGCCCGACAUCCCUCUGUACAAGACGCUGCAGACGGUGGGGCCCUCGCACGCCCGCACCUACACGGUGGCCGUGUACUUCAAAGGGGAGCGGAUCGGCUGCGGAAAAGGCCCCAGCAUCCAACAGGCUGAAAUGGGAGCUGCGAUGGAUGCACUCGAAAAAUAUAACUUCCCACAGAUGGCUCAUCAGAAGCGCUUCAUCGAGCGGAAAUACAGGCAGGAGCUGAAGGAGAUGAGACGAGAGCGGGAGCGGCAGAAGAAGGAGACCGACGAGCCGGACGAAGGCAGGAAGUGACAGCGCGGCGGCGGAGGGGGGAGCGGCCCACCGGGACCCCGGGGUCCACCAGCUGCAGCCACCGGGGCUGAUGGGAAAUAGUGAGAAAGGACUAUGAUGGAUACGUUUUAAAGCGACACCGGACCUCGUUGUUAAAGAGAAGCUGCAGGUUCAAAGGUCAUGAAAGGUUAAAUAAAGUUAAAGAC